AUAAAACAGACAUACUGAAAAAAAAGGUAGUUUAAUUUCUUUGCUAUUUUGGAAUAAACCCCGUAUUGUGUCAUUAUGCAUAAAAGCCGUUUCAAAGCAGAAAUAAAGGCAAAAUUAUUUCGAAUUUAGGCACGCCCAUUUGCCCAUACGUAGAUACAAUAAUCGUUAACAAAUAAAAUUCAAGGACAUUACUGGUUAGUAAUAAAGAUAAAACAGACAUAGUGGAAUAAACGGAGUAUGCCAAACAAACUGUGCAGACUCUGAAGCCAUUUACAUCGAUAGAACGUAUAGAGCAUUUAAAUUAAGGUUAAAUACACACGAAAAAUUCAUUUUACAAAAGACAGUUGUACAGGCUUAGGUGAUUAGUUGAUUAAAGCAGUAACAAGUGCUCUAGUCAAACUUCAUCUGGUAGGCACGAGAGCAUCAGUUGCAGUUUUUUAAUUGCAUGAUGUAGUAACAUGCAAACUUGACUUAGAAAAGAAAGAGAAUAAGAUCUGGUGAAAGUCCCAUUACCUAACUGGAAAUACCGGGCCAAUCAGCUGACUACGGGAAAUCGCAGCUGCCGAUUACUUAUUACCAUUCCAAUGACAAUGAAUUCUGCUCACUGUUUAUAGUGUACGGUAUACCUACAUAACAUACAUAUGUGGUAAAUACGCAUGUAUUUAUAAUGUACCGACUACUACAACUGACCACUGGCUUCUGACAUCAACUUUCGUUCAUCGGAGGUGAUUGGAUUCGGAGCCAUUUUACGAAAUGACGGACGCCUUGGAGGUAGGGAACCCCGUACAUUGCGACCUUUACCACAAAUAUAAAAACCAACAUUGUCUUCAUCGGUAACUUUAGUCGUCAGCUGAACGAGCGGUUUAACGUUAGGAAUUGCCUGGUACCAGGUUAGCCUAACUUAUCGACCAAUUAAAUAAUAAUUACUAUAAAUCGGUUAUUCGGCCUUCAGGUGAAAGUUCGUUCGACCCCUAAUUUAUAAAGAAGAUAAUGCCAGUGGCGAUUGCCAUAAUUUGUUAGUGAUUUUUAAUGUGAAUUUGAAAUUUUUUCAACAUCUUUAACAAAUUCUAUAACAGUGAAACUUGUGCCGCAAAAGAAAACAUCAUGCCACCUCAGGAAAAAUUUGAGAAUGGAAGAAAAGAACCAGAGCAAAAAAGUCAAUAUCCUAUAGAAAUGACGGUGACAAAUAACACAUACGAUAAUAGUAGUUGUUUGAGGAACAAGGAAAAACCGUCGGAAAUACCCAAUAAAAAGGUUUUCGAUAAUGCGAACGAUGAAGAACAACACUAUAUAGAAUUCGAUGAACUUUUGCCCUACAUCGGCGAAUUUGGUCGAUACCAGAAAAUUUUGUUCUUGCUCAUGAUACCGUUUGCGACUUUCGUGGCCUGGGUUUACUUCAAUCAGAUAUUUAUAACAAUAACUCCUGAGCAAUAUUGGUGUUGGGUUCCUGAACUGCAAAACUUUACACAAGAACAAAGAGUAGCACUAUCGAUCCCUCUAGUUGAUGGCGGUUUUGAAAAAUGUCGAAUGUUUGCAGUAAAUUUCACAGAAAUGGUCGCAAGGGGUGUGCAAGAAGCAGAUCCCUCAUGGCCAACAAAAUACUGCAGCCACGGAUGGGAGUAUAAUUUCUCAUAUGCUGAUGUUCCCUAUUCUUCCAUAGCAACCGAGCAAAACUGGGUUUGUGAUAAUUCUGCUCUUCCAACCAUUGCCCAAGCCAUAUUCUUUUGUGGAGCAAUCAUUGGUGGUUUGGUGUUCGGGUGGCUAUCAGAUACACAGGGGCGUAUUUCAGCUCUUGUCGGUACAAACCUGAUAGGUUUUGUAGCAGGUGUUGGAACAGCGUUUUGCAAUUCUUUUUGGGCGUUCUGCUUGUGUCGAUUUUUGGUUGGAAUGGCAUUCGACAAUUGCUUUACCAUGAUGUACAUUUUAGUUUUGGAAUAUGUCGGCCCAAAAUGGAGAACUUUUGUAGCAAAUAUGUCCAUAGCUAUAUUUUUCACAUUCGCCGCAGCCGUCUUGCCAUGGAUUGCUUGGUUUUUGGAAGAUUGGAGAAUGUUUACCGUAGUAACUUCCGUCCCGUUGGCAUUGGCCGUUUUAACUCCAUGGGUUGUUCCAGAAUCUGCAAGAUGGCUAGCAUCACAAGGAAAAGUAGACAAAGCUAUCGAAAUUUUAAAGAAGUUUGAGAGAAUUAAUGGAACAAAAGUGGACGAUAAAAUAUAUACACAGUUUUCGGAAAGUUGCCUCCGAUUAAAGAAGCAAGAAGAAUCUUCAAAAACAUAUUCUGUAAUGGAUCUUUUCAAAACCCCAAGACUUCGAAGAAUAACGAUUCUGUUAAUUGUAAUUUGGAUGGCAAUAUCUUUGGUGUUUGAUGGCCACGUCAGAAACGUUGGAAGUUUAGGUCUGAACACAUUCCUAACAUUUUGUAUUGCAUCAGCCACAGAGUUUCCUGCAGAUACAUUUUUAACGGCAGUCUUGGACGUAUGGGGUCGUAGGUGGCUUGCAUUUGGCAGUAUGGCUAUUAGUGGUGUUUUCAGUCUUCUAGCAUGUCUAGUUCCUAUAGGCUUACCAACAGCAACAUUAGCUAUAAUUGGACGAUUUGCCAUCAACAUCACUUACAAUAUAGGACUGCAAUAUGCCGCUGAGUUAUUGCCAACAGUAGUCAGGGGACAAGGUGUUGCAUUUAUACAUAUAAUGGGAUACGUAGCCAGUAUUUUAGCACCUUUUGUGGUCUAUUUGGCUAACAUCUGGACAUCGUUUCCGUUGGUUAUCCUGGGAAUUUUGGGAAUACUUGGUGGAAUUCUUACUCUCUUCUUACCAGAAACCUUAGGUCACGAAUUACCCCAAACAUUACAAGAUGGUGAAACUUUUGGAAUGAACCAAAAAAUCUUUGAGUUCCCAUGUUGCAUGAGGGGUAAAAGUGGCGAUAACGAGGACGAAUGCCAGCCAAAAAGUCAAUUUAGACGAAUCGGUUCGAUAAGAGCAUCAGUGCGAGGAGAGGUGCGAUCAAACAUUAUCAACAGGUCGUCGAUAAGGUCAAGAAAAUCAAUCUCUGUCCCUGAAAAUCAACAAUCUGCCUAAAAGACGUUUUAAUGCGUCUACCAUGUGAUAUUUAUUGUAGUCAGUAGGUAUUAUUAUUUAUCUAAGAGUAACUUAAAGGAAAUCGCCACACAAAAUUUUAUGUACUAACUAAAUUAAUUUAAUAAAUCUUUAUUUUAAAACUUUCUUGGUUUCACGUC